AGUGUCCCAGGGGCCCCUCUUGCCCUCGCAUGGAGGGGACCCCGGAGUACCCGGCGCCCGAUCUUAGGGAUGUGGAGGGCAAGCUGGGUCGAAAGACUCCCGAAGGGCUGCUCCGCAGUUUGCGAGGCGAGGGAGAGCCAGUCUCCGCGCUGCUGCUGCCUCCCCAAGGGACGCCAGAAACCGGCCACCGCCACGGCCUCGGCGACAAGGUCACGGCGCUGAGGCUGGAGCUGGCUUACCUUCGAGCUAUUGAUGUGAAGAUAUUACAGCAGCUGGUCACAGUGAAUGAAGGCAUCGAGGCGGUCCGGUGGCUACUGGAGGAACGAGGAGCCCUGGCUAGCCGCUGCAGCAGCCUCACCAGCAGCCAGUAUAGCCUAACGGGUGGCAGCCCAGAACCCUGCUCCCACAGGGGCAGCUGGGAGAGCCUACCUGACCCCACUCCCACCUCCACCACAGCUGCUGCUGUUGACCGACUGGAUAGUGUCUCCAUUGGGAGCUACCUGGACACACUGGCCUCGGGGGCUGAGCCCGAUGAUGAGGGCCUCUCAGAAGCUGGCACCCGACACUCUCGGCCUGGCAUGGCUUGGGCAAAGGCUCCUGCCUCAGAGGAGAGGCCCUGGACAGAGGCUGACACAGCACUGGGGGUCCGGUCUGGGCGAAAGCCUCCUGGAGAGGAGGUCCCUGAGGAUGCCAGGCCUGACCUCAGCUAUGGGACUCACUGGUACUGGGGACAGUGUCAGGAUGAUGUGACAUUCUUGUAGCAGCCCCAGGCCUCUCAUCUCCCUCGAUCUGUCCCCUGCUCAUUCUCUGAAAUGAGGAGAUUGCAUAGUUUCAAAGGUCCCCUUCCAGUUUUAAAGUCUAAGAUCUGAAGGCUUGGGGGAAGAGUUUGGAAACUAGGUCCCAAGAUGCCUCUUAGAGCAGCCUCUCCUCUGCCCCAUAAUCCUUCCCUCAUAAGAGGUACCAUUUCCUAUGUUCUGUCCUCCUCCUUCAGGGAGCCACCCUGAUGGCAACACUGGCUGAGUGAGGGCCCUGCCUGAUUUAGGAGAUGCUGGUGAGACUGGCACUAGAGGGAUGCUAUUAUUGCCCCCUUUUCCAAGCUAGACUCCCCCAGGCAUUAGAUGGGGGUGGGGUGGGAGCAGUGUGGAAGCUUUUCCCUAUUCUCUACAAAUCUGCCUAGAUUGCUGGGUGGUAACUCCCUCCUUCCCUGUAUCAGGGUGAAAGGCAACUGUCUCUGGAGAAGGUGGGAGCCCACCACCUGGGGGCUAUCUCUUCCCAUUACCUGAAGGAUUGGCAAUCCUGACUAGGUCCACAUCACCUCCUGGUCAAGCUUCAGAACCUUGACCCUUCCUGGGAGUGACAAGCCCCUGCUUCCUGAGGGCUUCCUCUUCCUAGGAAUAAUGCCACAGAACUCUCCAUUGGGGGAGCCUCGUUUCCAAUUGGUCUCACCCUCAUCAGCAAUUGGGGGGAAUCUUCAUGCUGGCGUUCCUUUCUUCCCAGUGAUGGAGAGGAUUCUGCCUCAGUGGCUGAGCUUGGCCUAACCUGGUUCUCCCCUUCUCCCACCCCCUCCUCCACACCAUUUGUAUGCCAAUUCAUGACCCUUGGUCUCUCUGCCCCUUCUCAGUGCCAUGGGUCUUGAGCUUCAGGGCCAGGGGGGAGGGUUAGGUUAUUUGAGGAGAGAGGGGAGGGGAAAAGGCUCACAAUACUCAGUUUCAAUAAAGUCUAUUGUUGCCUGAGCCUGUUCUGCCCACAUGG